AUGUCUUUGGAGAAUAAAGAUUACGUUCUUUCUGCUAUUCUGAUCGACUUUUGGGAUUUCCCUAGCAAUAUGCUCGAAAAUGUCGUCGCGUGGGUGCUCAAUAACUACGUCGGCGAGUAUCUUGAAAAUUUGAACACCGAUCAGCUAUCAUUCGCCCUAUUAUCAGGCCAAUUGGAGCUCGAGAAUGUACCCCUUAAAAAGUCGGCUCUACAAAAGUUCGACGUUCCAUUGGAGGUCAAAAGUGGCGUGCUUGGUAAAUUGACCUUGUCAAUUCCGCUUACCAGAAUAAGAAGCGAACCUUGGGUGCUGAAACUUUCGGACGUUUUGAUAAUUGUCGGUCCAAGAUCAAAAAAACGGUACGAUGUGGAAACGACAGAGCAAACCGAACAAACAAAGAAGGAAAUGAUGUUGAACGAGUUGGAGAAGAAACAUUGUAAGAAACUCUUCGAAACAAUGGCCAUCACCUCCGCAAUAACAGAUGAACAAGAAUCUUGGUGGGGCGCAUCUAUUAUCGCAACUGUCGUCAACAACAUCCAAUUGAUCUUGACAAACGUGCAUGUACGAUACGAGGACGAUCAAACUUUACCCAACGGACUUUCCUUCAUCUGCGGAAUUCGAAUACAAAAGAUGACCGUACAGACGACAAAUCACCAUUGGAAACCUGGCUUCGUCGAACCGCAAGAAGGAGUCAACGUCUUCAAGAAGUUAGAGCUACAAGGAUUCUCAUUUUAUUGGAACUCAAAUCAAACACCGGCCAAAAAUGUCUCGACAAUAAAGGAUUUGCAAAAUCUACUCUCGCCUGAAGAUGCGGAGACAAACACGUACAUCGUUGAACCGUGCAGCAUCGAACUUCGAAUGGAGAAAAACAGCAGCAAGUUGCCAUUGAAAGGAAAUCCGCCUAUUCCGAGGUUCAAGUUCUGGCUCAAACAAGAACGAAUCAUUCUUGAACUAUCAAGACGACAAAUGAGCGAACUUCGGGCUUUAAAUCGCGAAUGGAGUCGAUACGAACGUGGUCGUCUUCACAGAAAAUGGAGGCCUGUAGCAGGUGUUGCUGAAAAUGCAAAGGAGUGGUGGAAGUUUGCAUACAGUCGGAUCAUCGACGAGAGGAGAAAAUCAAACUCUAGAAGAACUUGGUCGUUUGCACUCACACGAGCACAUCACUUGAAUGCUUAUGCAAGGGCAUAUCGGAGACGGUUACUGGUGUUGAUCAGCAACGAGUCGGCUAGGAAGAUUCAAGACGCUCCACCACAAAGCGAUCCAACUCGGCCAACAUUGGGCACAGAAGAGCGAACGAUCAUGAAACAGAUUGAGCGGGAUGACCAGUAUACAUUCAACGAGUUGCAUGUAUUCCGGGAGACCGUCUUCCGGAAGCUUCUCAGAGAGAAGGAAAUCGAAUUGGGAUUGACGCCAGACGAAGAACGAACUUCGGGCACUGAUACGCCACCAGAAGAACAAUUUGAAAACUUGGAAAGUCCCGUAGAAGAGAUAGCUCUGCAGUCCGAGCCUCCAAAAGGUCAAGGUGUUUAUGGUUGGAUUACAAGUUUCUUCACUGGCAAAGAACAAGAAACCGCUCAAGAAGAACCGGCUUUUGACUUUGGGCACAUGGACCUACAAGAGCUCAAGAAUGUCCCGCCGGCGUUCAAAGAGAUUGAGAAGCAGAUAGAAGAAGAGAUCCUCGACGUCCUACACCAUUCUUGGGACGAUUCAACGAUUUUGAGGAAGGAUUUGUUGCUGGCCGAGGUGGCCAUGAAGUUGGACAAACUGACGCUAAGAUUUGUUGAUGUGAAGUUGAACACAACCCUCGAGGAGCGCCGAGUGUUGGCUGUGGAUUUGAUGCAAGUCACCAGCCGAGUGCAAUUGGCCCCGAGAACACACACCCUAAACGUCUCGCUGAAUGUGCACGACGCUGAAUGUGCAAUCCAACGGUUGAUCACCACAUGCAAAAGGCAUAGAGAAGAAAGCAUGCACAAUUUCGAGCUCAACGACUCAUUGAUGUAUUCGACUAAUGAGAACACAAAGGUACUCCUGGCUAUUGGAAGAGGAACACAAAGCUCCGAUCUAAGCAAGCCGUUAUUUAAGAUGCAGUAUCGACGACGUUCUCCGCGACUCAUCGUUCGCCACAUCGUUGAAGGAACGUUUCGCCCGAUUUCGUUGAUUUGCGAUGAAAAUGCGCUGAAUGGGAUUGGCUCUGUCUUUGAGGAUGAUCCGGAAAUCGCGUUCGCCCAAAAUGCAAUUGCGCCUCUCGAAGAACUCGCCGAGACGUCGUGUGAACCCCUUCAGAGUAACGGGAAUGCACCAAGUAUUCAAUUGGAGUCACACGUCUUUGUCGAUCUCAAUCUGCCAAAUAUCUGUGUGGUGCUGCGCAAGAAAGAAUGGGAAACGGAACGAAUAAAGAUGGAUUGCCCGGUAGAACAGUUCGCAAAAAUCAACAUUGAUGAUGCGCAUCUGAGUGUGAUCAGCAAAGAGCAAUUCGUGAAUACGGUGACACUUGAUGUUGGCCAUAUGGACAUUCAAGAUAUGUUCGAGAAAACGAAGACCAUGCAGAAUACCACCUAUCCAUUAUUGAGUACAAAGAAGACGCGUGAUUUGAAAGCUGCCUCUACGAGUUGCCCAAAUUUGAACACGAUCCCACAAAGUGUCGAAACGUUUUCAACAUCUUUGCCAAAUGAAGGAUUCCUUAAUGCCCUUUCAACGCUUCAACUAAAUGCAAAGCAUGAGCGGUUUAAUGUUGGGGCCUCUCGGAAAGCAAGCGGUGCUUUGAAAAAUCCAUCGACGGCGAUCCAUCGAUCACGGACCGAGGCGAGCAUUCGAUGCACGAUCAUCGACCCGCGUCACCCGGAAUUCGAGACCAAAUUCAACAAGAAGAACUGCUCGAUCGAUGUGAAUAUGAAUGAAGUGGAAGUGGGAAUGAAUCGACGGUCGUGGACGGCGAUGAUGGAUUUCGUGGGACUACUUGGUGUCAAUGAGGAAGAUCUAACUUCUCCCCGGCUAUCAUCCGCUCAUACAGAUCUACAGAAAACGGUCUCCACCGAUUUAAUGGACAUUGCUGUAACAAAAGAACCCUUCCUGGUCGCGUGUGCACUUCACAUCAAUACGCUCAGAAUAAACAUGAACUAUCCGGGAAAUGGGACGCGUUUGGGAGUUAUUUCCUUCCAGGAGUUUGACUUGUUGAAUACGAUUCAUUUACGGGACAUUCGCGAACAACUGCAAAUAUCCCUCUCUUUUCUUCAGAUGAAGAUCACGGACAGAACACCUGGCUAUUGCAAUCUGUACGACGAACGCUUGAUUCUGGUAUCGGAAAAUGCUUUGAAGCCAUUGCCGUCCGUUGAAUUAAACAUUGAAAAAUUUCUUGGUGACGUCGAUUUGAGCCGAGACCAUGACUUAAUGAUCCAAUUGGCCGUACCCAAGCAAAUGCAUCUCUAUUACAUUCACACUCAUCGAUACUUUUGUGCGCUGAUGGACUUUUGGAUGCAAUUUUUCGAGUUACAAGAUCAUGUUAUCAAACAGAAGAAGAAAUAUGUAACCGAAGGCCCAAAAACUCGUGUGAAAUUGAAGGUCGAUAUUCAGUCACCGGCAAGCAUUGUGCUCCCUCAAAAUCAACUUAGCGAUGAGGUGAUCUUGUUGAAAGCCACAGAUAUCCGCAUCUCAAAUACCUUCAAGCAAUCGUCGAGUGUCUUGCCGAUAUUCAGGGACAGUGGAGUGAUUGUUGAAAGUGACUACGAUACUCGAUUCGCCAAUGUCGACUGUUUGAUGGACUGUAUUCGGGCGAACUUCUCAAAUCUGGAGGUGCACGAAGGGAAACGAAUUGAGAGAAUUUUUUUCAAAGAAGAAACAGAUUCAUCACCAUUGGGCCGAGAUGUCUUUGAGCACUUUGAAUUCAUGGUUGCAAAACGGUCAAUCUUCGAUGAGCGCUUCGAUUUGGUUGCGGAUCUUUAUCGAAAUUUGGAAGGAAACCUAUCGAAAAAUUUUCCCGAUCUCACAAUUAUCACCGGCAUUCAAGGAGUCACAUGGCAGUUGUCGACCGAUUUUUAUUGUCUCCUGAGAGGAUUUCUUCAAUUCAACUUGGCCGAUCCUCUCAUUCCAUUACCGGAGACAAUCCCGAUCGAGUUGCUUGAGAAGCCAGAUUUCAGUUGUGAAGUUGGCUCUGAGAACAAAUAUGUGACGCUGUCAUUGAGAAUAUUUUUCGAUAACAUGAAGGUCGACUUGUCGGUACCGAGUGUUUGCGCAUCGAACAACGGAAAAGUCAAACAGCCACAAAAUAAUAUGAUUUCGACUGGAGUUUUCUUUAACAGAAAGUACGAGCCAUUUGCGAGAAGUCAUCUGCCGUCAGCCAAAAUCUCAUUCGAUGUCUACAUUGAUGGAAUGGCCGAAUUCAAUUUGAUUGCAUACAACACUCAAUUGGAGGAUAAACGAAAAGCUCCACCUGGCAAAGGCGCUCCAGUUGUUCACAACAUCAUCACCACCCCAUUAGCCUCGAAAUCGGCGUUGCCCAUUGAUGUGAUGACUGAAGCAGCAAUUCUCUUCAACAAAGAUCAGCCACCGAGUGUUUCGCUCGUCUUGCAGGGAGCUCGUGUGAUUGUUGCGCCCGAUUUUCUCUUCGAUGCCAAGGAUUUCAUCUUGUUGUCACCCGAAUUCGUGCCACCGCAAAUCGAUUCGCUCACGGCAGAAGAACCAAAGAAGAUCACAGCUCUUCAACCGAAUAAUGGUGUUGUCGAUCGACUCUCAACGAGUGUUGAGCCCAAACAGCAGACUUUUGAUUUGAAGAUCACGUUAAAAGCAACCGACUUGUACUUUUUGGAGAAUUCGUGGAGUGUCAACUCGUUUGCUCUCAUCCUAUCAACAGAGGCUGUUCUGAAGAUGAACGAUCAUGAUGGAAUUCUGCAAGCAGCACUUGAAAUCUCGUCGACUCACGUUGAUUGGUGUCUGAUGGAUGCGCUAGAUUUGACAAGAUCUCAAUGUACUAACGAUUUCAAGCUUUCAAUCAAAUUAGCUCCCGAAGAAAAAGAAAAGAUGAUCAACGGACUGCCGCUAUUGGUUUCACAACGACACGUACUGGAGGUUGAAAUUAACAAUGCUAUCGGCAAGCUUUCAUUGAGGGAUACUCGAGUCUUUCAGGUGGUCCUUGAAAGUUGGCUCGAGCAUUGGAAGAUCACCCAGGGAACGAGCUCCAUUCCCAUUCAAUCGUUCAGAGUGCCGGGGAAACCGCUUGAAAUCGCAAAGGCACUCCUCAGCACCAACAACAACAACUUUGAGCUCUGGGUGCUUGAUGAUUUUCGGAAGGACGGAUGCGUGCCUAUGUUAAGAUGCAUAUUCAGUGACUUCAUGCUGGAAUACUCUGUUGAACGCUUGGUAACCUCGUUCACAAUCAAUUUGGAUUACUUCAAUCAACGUGUUUAUGGAUGGGAGCCAUUCAUCGAGCGGUGGCGAAUUCUCCGAUUACAUUUAAACCAAAAGGAGGCAAUUCGUUCACUGGAGUUGAAAACAGAAACGAAAAGCACGCUUGACAUCAACUUGACUCAAGAUUUCAUUCAACAAGUCGUUCACUGGAAAUCGAGAUUUGUGGAUGUUGGGCUGGAGUUUGAUCGGGAUGAAUUCAGAACACAAUGCUCAACUCGGACUCGGUCUGAUCAUUUGCCUUACAUGCUGAAGAAUUCAACCGGAAGCGAGCUCUCAUUCACCAUGCAAGUGGACACAUUUUUGUCGGCGCCAAACACCCAGCAACGCCCGACCACAAUAAAAUGGUUGUGUGUACGCGAGAACGGUGAGCAGGACUUUGAAUUCCCAACAAAGCUGUUAGAUUACAAGGCAAGAAGGAACGAUUCCCGUCAGCUGAUCAUUCGUGUCGAUGGCUGGGAAGAGUGCUCGCCGGUGAAUGUCGACGCUUGUGGAACGUAUUUCCGAGUGGUAAAAGCAGGAGAGAGUGGCCGCAUGAAUGCCCGUCUUGUCAUCAAAGUCACCAUGGAGAAGGAUGGCAAGAAAGUUGUUGUCGUACAAUCUAGCAUUGAGUUACACAACAGUCUUCCGCAUCAAAUCACAAUCUUCAAUGAGCGAAAGAAAGCUAUUUUGACUCUUGAUCCGACAAUGACGGCCCCGAUUCCGCUAAAACAUGCUCAUACUCAUUUCCUUGUGCAGCCAAAUUGUGGAUGGAACUUUGCGGAAUUGGCAACAGUCACUUGGCGAAACGUUCGAAUUCCGGGAGAAGUGGUGAAUCAAACUGUUGGCUUGAACAGUGUCGAAAAGGGGCAGUACUGGUUAUGUUACUCUAUCCGUCGAGAACACUAUCCCGAACAUGAAUGGUUGCCCGGUCAUUCAAUUUGGAUUGUCCCAGCGCUCUCGAUUCUCAACCUUUUACCCGUUGAUAUGGAAAUUCGGCUACAGGAUUUGAUGUACGCGAUUGGUACCGGAAAGCAAUUGGACGUCUCGGCAAUUGAUAUCAAUCGAGAGUUAACUUUCUUCUUUACAACCGAUCGAAUGGUGACAGCGAAGGAUUAUGUGCUGAACAAGCAAACCAUCGGCGACGGAGAACGGAAGCACAUCCGAUUGAUUGAUUUACAGAAGAGACCACUCAGCGUUUAUGCAGAGUUGAAGAUCAUUCGCGGAGGAGCUAUCUCGAUUGUUUUCUGGGUGCCCUACUGGAUCAUCAAUAAAUCGGGCAUCCCGUUAGUCGUCAAACAAGCAGCAGCUCCAUGUGAAGCAGCCGGUCAAAUGGAGGAGCAUGAACGAGCGAAAGACAAGCAUCCGUUGAUGUUCAGCUUUUCGGCAGAGGAUUGCCCGACGAGAUGUCUCGUUCGUGUGGGCCUCAACUAUACUACGGAGAAAGGAUACACGCCAGAAUUCAGCCCACAAGUUGAACUAUCGCCUGGUGUUCAAGAUGUCAAAUUGAAACUAACACAUCCAACUCUACCAUCGCUGUUCUAUAACAUCGGUAUUGAGGUCCGAGCUGGAACAGGUCGUUACAAGGACACACAAGUUGUGCUUCUCACUUCACGAUACAUUUUGAACAAUCAAUCCCCAUUGACGCUUCUUGUUUGUCACUAUGAUUUAACAGAGAGAUCUUCUGAGCACAUUCAUUUGGCGCCCGGGUGCAACUUGGUCUGGAACGAGAAUUACGAGAAUGUUCGGAAGCUUUGUGUGCGAAGAGCUGAUGUGAAGCAUUGGAGUUGUCCUUUCCGCAUCGAUCGAGUCGGGUCAUUUCACAUAACUAUGAGAGAUGCUGACGAAACACCGCGAUUUGUCCGAGUUGAAGUAAUUCUUUCUUCGGCGAUAUUCUACGUUUCGUUCACCGAUGCUUCCUACUUUCCACCACCGAUUCAAAUCGAGAAUUUAUCGGACGUUCCCGUUCUCUACCAACAAUACUCGGACAACACGACAAAGCAACAUCUUCGCACGAUUUGCAAAGCCAAUUCUACGGUCAACUACGCUUGGGAUGAUCAUGCGGCCAGGGACAAGCUCUUGCUUCUACAGGUCUAUGAGAAUCGAUCGCACAUUUAUGAUCCGACAAUGCAAGGUGCUGGAGAGCCGUUGAUUUAUGAGAAUAACUUGUAUAUUCAAUUCUCAAAGUCCUUUAAAAAUCAAAACAAAGCCAAGAAAACCGAGGAAUGUGAGUUGGUGCUGGAAACGAUGCAGAAAGGAAAGGUGAUGCUCAACAAACAGAAUCGACUCAAUGGUAAUGAUGCCAAUCAGCACUGGAAGCUUUGCGAAGACGGGUGCAUUGAGAAUGUUGGGAUGAACAAUCGAAAGAUCAAGAAACAACGAAUGGUUCUUGACGUACUCGAGACAGCCGGCAAUCAAUUGAUGAUGUGUGAAAGGAGCGAUCGGCGGGAUAAAUAUCAACGAUGGAACAUUUUGGCGAAUGGACGCAUUUGCUGCAACGUAGCUGGAAUGUACAUUACAGCUGGAGAAAACGAGGUCUACUUGUCAUCACCUGUGGAUAGACCCGUGGAGGUGAACGAGGAUAUGAUCGAUGUGAAUCAAGUAUGGAACAUUCAAAGACAACGUCCAGGAUCCGGAAAGUUAGAUGUAGAAUGCUUUCACAGCGGCCCAACUUUAGUUGUUCGAAUCACAGAUCGAGCGCAAAGUGGUCGGCCAAUGCCUCAAUCAAUCUCGAUGCCUCUGUUGUCUGCGAAACCGAGUCUCGCCCAAAUGACCAAGCCACAAUUGUCAACCGAGAUCGCUAUCACGAUGCGAAGUGGAAUCGGGAUCUCAAUUGUGAACUCGCUGCAAGAAGAGCUUGUGUACGCCCGUUUUGGAGACAUUGUGAUCAAUGCUAGCAAGAUCGGCGACACGUUUCAGAUGACCGGCAGCGUUGGAGUCAUACAGGCUGACAAUCAACUUCUGAAUGCCGACCGUUGGCAGUUCAUCUAUUGUCAAGCGGCAAUGGCUGAUGAUGAGAACUACACUCUUCCUGAGAAUCUUCCAGCUGGUGUACCGACCACGGCUCGACCGGCAUUGAAAAUCGAAAUGAACUGUACACCGAUGAAACACUAUGACGCCUUUGAUUGUUUCCGAUUAAAACUUUGCGACUUCUCGGUUCAACUUGACGAGCUGCUUCUUUGGAAAUUUAUCCAAUUUGUGCAAGCGACUGAUGCGAGUCAAAGAAUACAGCCUAGUGCCCUCGAGAUGCCACCAAAUACCGAAUUGGAUCGCCCAAAUCCGUUGGCAUCAAGAAAGUGCUACUUUGGAACGUUGGAGUUAGAUAUGGGUCAAAUUGCUCUUUCUGUUGCAACAAUUUCGAAAAGUGGACUGCCAAAAGAUCUUCGACUUCUCAAGCAACAGUUCAAUAUUAUGUUGGUGUCAUUUGAAAACGCGGGCAUCAGUCUACCGCCAUUCCGUCAGCUACACUACUUUGAGACCUCAUCAUUCUUGUUCGAGUUGCUAAAGAAAUUCUAUUUCGGUAUUUUUUUUGGAACUUCUAUAAAGCAAAUUAUCGUUUUGGCUGAGCUUCAAAAGAAAGUGAUGAACGUCGCCUUUUACCUGGAUGCUUUUGGAAACCCGGCUGGCUUUGUGACUGAUUUGAAAGACUCUUUCGCGGGUCUCUUUAUUGAGGGGGACGUGCGAGGAUUUGUGUCUGGAGUUGGUUACGGAGUGUCGAAUAGUAUCUCAAAGGUUGCCUCUUCUAUGGCGGCUGGUGUUGGGUCGUUGACGUUUGAUGAGGAACAUGAAGCAAAGAGAAGACAUAAUAUGAUCCGAUCGCAUAGCUCCUCCACCUCGACCCCACUUGGGCAUCUUUAUUCUGGAGUGAAAGGACUCGGAAUGGGUUUCAUGGGUAUCAUCACUUCAAUCCCGACAAACACAGUACAAGAAAGCAAGAAAAAUGGGCUCCUAGCGGGUACUUUCCGCGGUGUUACGAAGGGUGUAGCUGACAUGGUCACCAAACCAAUGCAAGGAAUCUUCGAUUUGGUUGAUGGGACGGCUUCGGCGGUUAGAGAACUGGCUGCACCGUUGGCGAUUAAAAGAACAUCCGCUGGAAGUCGCAUUCGUCUCCCACGAGUCUGUGUCGAUCUUUACCACCAGCUUCCGCCGUAUCAACAAUUACUUGCGUGGGCUCAAAUAGAGAUGCUACGAAUCAAUGGAUACAAUCAACGAGAAAGACUGCUCGAUGUCGAGAUGGUGAUUGAACAAGUGACAAUGGACGAGGUGCAACGGCAAUACGUGUUGAUCUCGACCGAGCAGUGUUAUGUUUGCAAACAGUUGAACGGCGAGAGUUGGACGGUGUUGAAGCGCCUUGCCUACAAGCACGUGAAGUGCAUCCAAGAGCGCGAGACGGUCAACUAUCUCUACCCAGUUGAAAUCAUGGAAGAAGAGGACUACUCCCGUGUUAAAUCCUAUCACAUAUGGUGCGCGCGAAAAGAUGUUGCGGAGAGGGUCACCGAGAAGUUGGCCAUCGCCAAGAAUGAGUACGAUCACAAUAAACGAACGCUGAAAGAGGACAGU